CUUGGACAGAUAACUGAAGAAGGAAGUAAUAUUGGUGUCGUCCGGGAGCCAUGUUAGAUUUACAGCAAGUCUUUGACCUUAGCUAUUGUGGCUGAAUCAUCAGUAUGGACCCCCGGUAUAGUGCUCAAGACAUCAUAAGAUGUGACCUCUGCGAGAGAAAUGUGGUACAAAGUCAUUGUGAGCUUUGUCACGUCAAUCUGUGUAAGGCCUGUGUAGGAGAACAUCUUUCUGAUUCAACCAAGAAACAUAGAGUUGUACCAUAUAAAGAAAGAACCUCAGCUCCUAACUAUCCGAAAUGUCCAAAUCAUUCCAAGAGCUGUGAACUUUACUGUGAGCAAUGUGACAUUCCUGUCUGUACUAUCUGCAUUUCCUCAGGGAAACAUAAAGGACAUCAUUUAUCAGAUGUUUUACAAAAACUCAACUCCAAAACAAGAGAAAUGGAAAAAGAACUAAGAGAACUCGAGACUAGAAUUUAUCCAAAAUAUGAAGAAAUUGCAUCAGGCAUAAAAACUAAGAAAGACAACUUGGAAACACACUACAGGAAACUGACAACAGCUGUCACCAAACAAGGAGAAGACUGGCACAGAGAAAUUAACAUCAUUGUCAAUAAACAAAAGUAUGAAAUUGAUGAGAUGAAAUCUAAACACCUGGCUGCUCUUACGGAACAGGAAAAAGAAAUCAAACAGAUUACUGCAGAAGUAAAACAGAGCAUCGUUGACUUAAAGAAAAUUCUAGAAUCCAAUGAUAUUUCCCUAGCCUCCGUAUACAGGUCUAGAAAUGCAGAGUUCAGAAGUUUACCUCCAGAAGUGAACGUUUCAUUACCAAGUUUCUCUCCUCAUCAGAUCAAUACAGAACAGCUCCAUCAAAUGUUUGGUUCUCUGUCAUCAUUAACCAUUACAACAGAAGAAUGCGGUAACACAAUGAAGACACCGGUAGCUGUAUCCUUUCCUCCAGUCAAACCACUGCUUGAUGAACCAGAGCUCAUCACCACCAUAGACACUGGGUAUAUACCACUAUACAAUGUUAUCUUUCUCGGAGAUGAAGAAAUCUGGACAAGUGGAAAUGGCGAAAUCAUAAAACUUUACAACCUCCAGGGCAAUGCACUGAAGUCAAUCAAAACCAAGUCAGGGAAUGAACCACGUGACAUAGCAGUGACAAGAAGUGGAGAUCUAGUUUAUACUGAUGAGUAUACAGGAACUGUAAACAUAGUGAAGAAUGACCAGAUACAGGAAGUGAUCAGACUACAGGGGUGGAUACCUUACAAUGUCUGUAGUACCUCCUUUGGUGACCUCCUGGUUAUCAUGGUCAGUGAUAAUUAUAAACAAUCAAAGGUUGUCCAUUUCUCUGGCUCCACAGAGAAACAAACCAUUCAGUUUGAUAGAAAAGGUAAACCUCUGUAUUCAUCUGGUAUUAUUAAAUACAUCAGUGAGAACAGGAACUUAGAUAUCUGUGUGGCUGAUAAUGGAGACGGUGCAGUAGUGGUAGUAAAUCAGGCUGGAAAACUCCGAUUUAGAUACACAGGCCAUCCCUCUUCUACCGAGAGAGCAUUUAAUCCAAACGGCCUCACAACAGACAGCCAGAGUCAGAUCCUUACAGCAGACUAUGAUAACCACUGCAUCCACAUCCUAGAUCAGGACGGACAGUUCCUCUGUUACAUUGACAACUGUGAUCUAAACUUGCCAUGGGGUUUAAGCAUAGACACCAAAGACAACCUCUACGUAGCAGAGUGUGUCCGUGACCCCCGGUAUAGUGCUCAAGACAUCAUAAGAUGUGACCUUUGUGAGAGACAUGUAGUAAAAAGUCACUGUGAGCUUUGUCACGUCAACCUGUGUAAGGCCUGUGUAGGAGAGCAUCUCUCUGAAUCAACCAAAAAACACAGAGUCGUACCAUAUAAAGAAAGAACAUCAACUCCUAACUAUCCAAAAUGUCAAAAGCAUUCCAAGACCUGUGAAUUUUACUGUGAGCAAUGUGACAUUCCUGUCUGUUCUACCUGUACUUCCUCAAAUAAACAUAUAGGACAUAAUUUAUUGGAUGUUUUACAAAAACUCAGCUCCAAAACAAAAGACAUGGAAAAAGAAUUAAAAGAACUUGAGACAAGAAUUUGCCCAAAAUAUGAAGAAAUUGCAUCAGGCAUAAAAAACAAAAAAGACAACUUGGAAACACACUACAGGAAAUUGAUAGCAGCUGUUACCAAACAAGGAGAAGACUGGCACAGAGAAAUUAACAUCAUUGUUAACAAACAGAAAUCUGAAAUUGAUGAAAUGAAAUCUAAGCACCUGGCUGCUCUAAGUGAACAGGAAAACGAAAUCAAACACAUUACUGCAGAAGUAAAACAGAGUAUCAUUGACCAAAAGAAAAUUCUACAAUCCAAUGAUAUUUCCUUAGCAUCUGUAUAAAAAUCCCAAAAUGCAGAAUUCAGACGUUUACCUCCAGAAGUCAACGUUUCAUUACCAAGUUUCUCUCCACAGCAAAUCAACACAGAACAGCUCCAUCAAAUGUUUGGUUCUCUGUCAGCAUUAUCAAUUGCAACAGAAGAACAUGGCUACACAAUUGAAACACCAGAAUCUGUAUCCUGUCCUCCAGUCAAACCAUUGCUUGAUGAACCACAGCUUAUUUCCACCAUAGACACCGGGUAUAAACCACUACGCAGUGUUACCUUUCUCAGAGAUGAUGAAAUCUGGACAUGUGGAAAUGGCGAAAUAAUAAAACUCUACAAUUUCCAGGGCAAACUACUGAAGUCAAUCACAUCACAGUCAGGGAGACAAACAAUUGACAUAGCCGUGACAAGGAAUGGAGAUCUAGUUUAUACUGACUCUUAUACAAGAUCUGUAAAUAUAGUGAAGAAUAAACAGAUACAGGAAUUGAUCAGACUACAGGGGUGGAUACCUUUAUAUGUCUGUUGUACUUCCUCUGGUGAUCUAUUGGUUACCAUGUGCAGUGAUGAAUUUAAACAAUCAAAAGUUGUCCGUUACUCUGGCUCUUCUGAAAAGCAAACCAUUCAGUUUGAUAGUAAAGGUAAACCUCUCUACUUAUCUAGUGGCUUUUUAAAAUACACCUGUGAAAACAGGAACCUGGAUAUCUGUGUGGCUGAUAAUGAAUCAAAUGCUGUAGUGGUGGUCAAUCAGGCAGGAAAACUCCGAUUUAGAUAUACCUCUACUUUAAAGGAAUUUUUCUUUCCAUACGGUAUCACAACAGACAGCCAGAGUCAGAUCCUGAUAGCAGACUGUGUCAACAACCGUAUCCACAUCAUACAUCAGGACGGAAAGUUCCUUCAUUACGUUGUUAACUGUGAACUAAAGAAUCCAUGUGGUUUAUGUGUAGACACCAGAGACAGCCUCUUUGUGGCUGAGUAUUGCAGUGGUAAAGUGAAGAAAAUAAAAUACAUGUAAAUACUAUGUAAUUAAAUGCAUAAGAAAUGAAUAUCGCAUGUUGUCAGAGAACACUGCAAUUAAAUUUUUGCUAUAUACCUUUUACUUUUUAUUUUGACACAUCUUGCAUUGGUUUCAUGUUUGUGAUAAUUGAUCAGUGCUGGACCUUACAGCCAAUAAAUGUAAGGGGAGCAACUAUAUCAUCUAAAAGAAUAUUUACUAUAACAGAAUACUAUAAAAUGUUGCGGUCCCCUCUGGACACCCCUCGCUCUUGGCAGUGCA